AUGUUUCCACCCCGUCGCCUGCCCCUCCACGUGUUCAUGUUUCCACCCCGUCGCCUGCCCCUCCACGUGAUCAUGUUUCCACCCCGUCCCCUGCCCCUCCACGUAUUCAUGUUUCCACCCCGUCCCCUGCCCCUCCACGUGUUCAUGUUUCCACCCCGUCGCCUGCCCCUCCACGUGUUCAUGUUUCCACCCCGUCGCCUGCCCCUCCACGUGUUCAUGUUUUCACCCCGUUGCCUGCCCCUCCACGUGUUCAUGUUUCCACCCCGUCGCCUGCCCCUCCACGUGUUCAUGUUUCCACCCCGUCGCCUGCCCCUCCACGUGAUCAUGUUUCCACCCCGUCCCCUGGCCCUCCACGUGUUCAUAUUUCCACCCCGUCGCCUGCCCCUCCACGUGUUCAUGUUUCCACCCCGUCGCCUGCCCUCCACGUGUUCAUGUUUCCACCCGUAG